UGCUCGGAUUUCAAGAUGGAGGUGGAUGGGAUCGAUAAUAUGGAGAUGGGGGACUGCAAAGGAGGCUCAGGUCUUAGGCAGUAUUACUUGUCUAAAAUAGAAGAACUACAGCUUACGGUAAAUGACAAAAGUCAGAAUCUCAGACGUCUGCAGGCACAGAGAAAUGAGCUGAAUGCUAAAGUGCGUCUCCUUCGGGAGGAGUUGCAGUUACUACAGGAGCAGGGAUCCUAUGUGGGAGAAGUUGUCAGGGCUAUGGACAAAAAAAAAGUGUUGGUCAAGGUGCAUCCAGAAGGAAAAUUUGUUGUGGAUGUUGACAAGAACAUUGACAUCAAUGAUGUGACUCCAAAUUGCCGUGUGGCUCUGCGUAAUGACAGCUACACCCUACACAAGAUCCUGCCAAACAAGGUGGACCCUCUGGUGUCCCUCAUGAUGGUGGAGAAAGUGCCAGACUCCACUUAUGAAAUGAUUGGUGGCCUGGAUAAGCAGAUCAAGGAGAUCAAGGAAGUGAUUGAAUUGCCUGUGAAGCACCCGGAGCUGUUUGAGGCUCUGGGCAUUGCACAGCCCAAGGGUGUGCUGCUGUACGGCCCUCCAGGAACUGGGAAGACCCUGCUGGCCCGAGCUGUGGCCCACCACACUGACUGUACCUUCAUCAGGGUGUCUGGUUCUGAGUUGGUCCAGAAAUUCAUUGGAGAAGGUGCUCGUAUGGUUCGUGAGUUGUUUGUAAUGGCUAGGGAGCACGCUCCCUCCAUCAUCUUCAUGGAUGAGAUCGACUCCAUUGGCUCGUCACGACUGGAGGGCGGCUCAGGAGGUGAUAGUGAGGUGCAGAGAACCAUGCUGGAGCUGCUCAAUCAGCUCGAUGGCUUCGAAGCCACCAAGAACAUCAAGGUCAUCAUGGCCACCAACCGUAUUGACAUCCUGGAUUCAGCUCUGCUCAGGCCAGGCAGGAUUGACAGGAAGAUCGAGUUUCCCCCUCCCAAUGAGGAGGCCCGUUUGGACAUCCUGAAGAUCCACUCCAGAAAGAUGAACCUGACACGUGGCAUCAACCUGAGAAAGAUUGCCGAGUUGAUGCCAGGAGCCUCUGGUGCCGAGGUCAAGGGCGUCUGCACAGAGUCGGGGAUGUACGCUCUGAGAGAGAGGAGAGUCCACGUUACCCAGGAGGACUUUGAGAUGGCCGUAGCAAAGGUGAUGCAGAAAGACAGUGAGAAGAACAUGUCCAUUAAGAAGCUCUGGAAGUAAAAACACACAAAACAGAAAUCCUGGGGCGUUAUUGCAUAUAUAGCCACCUGCCAACAUAAAUGUAUAUUUUCUUUCCUUUUUGUUCAUGGUUUGGUUUGUAAUUGUUACGAUAAGUCAUUCUAAAAUAAAUGGUGUCUCCAACUAAAAUGCCCGACUGGUGAA